CUUGAUGGGUUCCCAGCUUAUUUAAAGAAGGUGAAUGGAUGUCGGACAAUGUCACAGCGGCCAGAAAUCUGCAGCUCUUCGUGUACCUGUGCUCAUCGAUGGCGACAUUCUGGACCUAUGACUAUAUUUGUUCACUUCACGAAGAGUGGACAUUCCUACUGCGGUCGCGCUGGACCAAAGUAAAAGUCCUGUAUAUCACUGCACGAUAUGUCCCAUUUUUAAUCACCACCAUGAACCUAUAUCUGACUGUGGCCCCAAACGAGAAUACCAAUAAAUGCCAGAUAUCGAUCAAUAUUAUCACAUCCUUGAGUCUGAUUUCACUCGGUUGCUCUGAAUGCCUUUUUGUCCUUAGAACGUAUGUGCUCUGGGAAAAAAAAUGGAAUUCUACUCGUAGUCAUGCUGUCCACCCUUUUUGCUGUCACCGUAUCAUCCUUCAUCAUUGAGUUUACUGCUACUGUGACCUCUCAUUCUACGGUUAGCACGAUCCCAGGCUGUCAGCGGAGCUUGGGCAGUUUCACAUUCUUCAUGCCGUUUACU